UGGCAAUAAGGCAGUAGCUGGGACCUUAGAUUUGGAGAGUAUAGGGAGAGAAUACCAAUAAAGUAGUGGAAAGAGAAAAGCAAACGACAGGGCAACUGCAAGUCUGUAUUAUAUUACUCUGUCGUUGCACAGAUAAGCUGUCCCUUUUGUCUCAUACAAAAUUUAUAUAUCCUCAUGAUUUCCCUCACACAUCAUCACCAAGCUGUGUAAAAGAAUGGACUCAAGAGGACGAAGGAAGCAACGAUGGUGCACACAGACACUGACGCCUUUGAUGGAAGGUCCUGAUCCUGAUCCUGAGACGCAAGACCAAGUUCAUAAAAAGGAGACCUCCUGGGAACUCAUUCGCGAAUGGUUUCGCCUCCACAAGGGCGACGGAACCAUUCUGUCGAAUAGUAAAAGGCAAGAUUUAAGGCUGUUGCUCGGAGUUCUUGCCUGCCCGCUUGCCCCUAUCCCUCUUCUCCCCCGCUCCAACAUUCAUCACAAUUUCCACAUUCAGGAAAACUCGACUGCGCAUUAUAUUGUACAUCAAUAUUUGGCAGCGACCGGGUGCUUAAAGAGAGAGAAAGAUAUGAAAAACAUGUACGCCACGGGAAGCGUAAAGAUGAUCCGUUGUGAGACGGAAAUAUCAUCAGGAAAGAGUGUGAAAUGUCUAGGAACCAGAACCGGAGAAAAUGGAUGUUUCGUUGUUUGGCAAAUGAUGCCGGCAAAGUGGUCUCUUGAAUUAGUUGUCGGCGGUAAUAAGGUCAUCGCCGGCAGCGAUGGCAAGACUGUGUGGCGCCAUACUCCUUGGCUGGGUUCUCAUGCCGCCAAAGGACCCCAACGCCCUCUACGUCGCAUCAUUCAGGGCCUUGAUCCAAAAAACACGGCGAGCCUAUUUACGAAUGCGCAAUGCUUGGGCGAGAAGCGAAUUGGAGACGAUGAUUGUUUCGUAUUAAAAGUAGCAGCAGAUCGUGCCUCCGUAACAGAAAGAAGCGAAGGAGCAACAGAAGUGCUUAGGCAUGUUUUAUACGGAUAUUUUAGCCAGAAAAGCGGACUUCUAAUUUACUUGGAGGAUUCCCAUCUCACCCGAGUCGAAACCCAAGAGAACGAUAAUAUUUACUGGGAGACUACCAUCGGAAGUAGCAUUGCAGACUAUAGAGACGUUGAUGGAGUGUUAAUUGCUCAUCAAGGUAGAUCAGUCGCUACCGUGUUCCGAUUCGAAGAGGAAUGUGUGCAGCAUAGUAGAACCAAAAUGGAAGAAUUUUGGAGGAUUGAUGAUGUUGUUUUUAAUGUUGCUGGCCUUUCUUUAGACUCUUUCAUCCCUCCUGCUGAUAUCCAUCACACUUCUCUUUGAUUUACUCAUUUUUAGUUUUUAAUGCGCAAUACUUCUUUUUUUGAUUUUGUAUAAUUAUCACGACAUUGGAGAGUUCAUAAUGUACAUAGUUGGAUACUGUUUUUGCAAAUUGAUUUAUGAUUAUUUUAUGUUUUAUAUGUUUAAAA